GACUCCUCUCCCCCUGCAGACCGGCCCAUCCCCCUUGCUGCCCCAACACUGGCACCAUGUCCCGGCUGCCAGUUCUCUUCCUGUUGCUCUCCUGCUGCCCAGGCGGCGCGUCCCCUGCCGGCUUCUGCUCCCAGAAUGUGAACAUCAGCGGCGGGAGCUUCUUGCUGAGUGAUGGGCUGGCGCCCGGGAGCCAGCUGACCUACGUCUGCCCGUCCGGCCACUACCCUUACCCCGUGGGACGCCGGCUGUGCAAGAAGAGUGGACGGUGGCACCCUCCGAGGACCACCCGGGCCGUCUGCAAAGCCGUUCGUUGCCCAGCCCCGGCCGCCUUCGAGAACGGCUACUACACUCCUCGCCUCAUCUCCCACCCGGUGGGCGGCAACCUGACCUUCGAGUGUGAGGAAGGCUACAGGCUGCGGGGGUCCCCGCUCCGACGCUGUCGUCCCAACGGCCUCUGGGAUGGAGAGACCGCCGUGUGCGACAGCGGCGAGGGGCACUGCCCAGACCCCGGCAACCCGGUGGGGACCACUCGGACGGGCUCUCGCUUCACGGCGGGGGACGAGGUCCGGUACCGCUGUAUCGGGAAGCUGGUGCUCAUCGGCUCUGCCGAGCGCGAAUGUCAGAACAACGGGGCCUGGAGCGGGGCAGAACCCAUCUGUCGCUCUGCCUACUCCUUUGACCUCCUGGAAGACGUGGUCCCGGCUCUGGGCACCUCCUUCGCCCACCUCCUAGGUGGCACCAAUCCCCUGAUGCAGAAAGACAGCAGCAUGGGCCGACGAAUCAGCAUCCAGCGCAUGGGGCUCCUGAAUCUGUACCUGCUGCUUGACGCCUCCCAGAGCGUCUCCCUGGAGAACUUCAAAGUCUUCAAGGAAAGCGCCGAGAUCAUGGUGGACCGGCUCUUCAGUUUCGAGGUCAACGUGAGCGUGGGCAUCAUCACCUUUGCCUCGAAGCCGAAAAUGAUCCUAUCAGUCCAACAUCCAAACUCCAGGGAAGUGGCCGAGGUGUUUAACAUCCUGCAGCGAGUCCAGUACAAAGAUCACCAGGACGGAACGGGGACGAACACAUUGGCAGCCCUGAGGAAGAUCUCCGAGAUGAUGAGUAAUCAGAGGAUGUUCUACCUAAACCAGGGCUGGGAGAAAGAGUGGAAGGAAAUCCACCACGCCAUCAUCCUUCUGACCGACGGAAAGUCCAACAUGGGGGGAACGCCCAAAACGGCCAUCGGCGAGAUCAAAGAAGUGCUGGACAUCACCCCGGAGAGGGAAAACUACCUGGACAUCUACGCCAUCGGGGUGGGAGACAUGGACGUGGACUGGAAAGAGCUGAAUGAGAUGGCCUCCAAGAAGGACGGCGAGAGACAUGCCUUCAUCCUCAGGGACCCAUAUACCCUGCAGCAGGUCUUUGAGAACAUGCUGGACGUUUCCAACUUUGAGAACUCCAUCUGCGGCCUGGGAAACGUGUCCGCCAACGCCACAGACCAGGAGAAGAAUCCUUGGCACGUCACCAUCAGGGCCACGACUCGGGAGACCUGUCGUGGUUCCCUCAUCUCUGACCGGUGGGUCCUGACUGCGGCCCACUGCUUCCAUGACAUCGAGGACACGGCGCUCUGGAGGGUGACCGUGGGGGACCCCGGUCCCAGGCGGAGCCGGGACCUGGAGAUUGAGGAGCGGAUCAUCCAUGAGGGCUUCGACGUCCACGCUAAGAAGCACCUGGGAAUCCCCGAGUUCUACGACAACGACAUCGCCCUGCUGAAGCUCAAGGAGCCCGUCAAGUUGUCCAGCGUGGCCAGACCCAUUUGCCUCCCUUGCACUUUGGGAGCCAACGUGGCUCUCAAACGGCGUCCGUCCAGCACCUGCCGCGACCACGAGUCGGAUCUCCUGAACCAGCUCCAAAUUCCAGCUCAUUUCAUCUCCUUGGACAACAAACAGAAGAACAUUGUGCUCAGGACGGGCAAGGAGUUGGCAACCUGUGCCCGGGGCAUCCUGCAACCUCAAUCCACAUUUCCGAGUUGAAAGGACGUCGGGGAAGUGGUGACGGAGCAGUUCCUGUGCAGCGGCCUGAAGAAUGAUGAUUCUCCUUGCAAGGGAGAAUCCGGGGGAUCCGUUUUCUUCCAGAGGAGAUCCAGGUUUUUUCAGGUGGGGCUGGUGAGUUGGGGUCUACACAACCCCUGCUCGGCGUCCCGAGGCGAGGGUCCCGUCCAACGCCGUCCCCACCCGGGCGGGCUCCAGCCCCGCGACUUCCACCUCAACCUGUUCCGCCUCCAGCCGUGGCUGAGGCAGCACCUGGCGGGAGACUUGGACUUCCUGCCGCUCGCCCCUAGCCUCCGACCGCCCCGCCACCAGAAAAUGCCCUCAGAGGGGAUCGCCAUCUCAGGGGGCACCGUCCUCUUCCCACGAGGACGGCUCGGGGCUGGAGUACCUCUGCCCCUCGGCUACUACCCCUUCCCCGUCCAGACCCGGAUCUGCCGCGGCUCCGGGACCUGGAGUCCCAUGCGAGACCAACAGGUGAUCCGCUGCCCGGGCCCCGUGGACUUUGAGAACGGCGAGUAUUGGCCCCGACGGGCCUUCAACGUCAGCCCAGGUCCUCACCUUCAGUGCUACGACGGCUACACCCUCCGCGGCUCCGGCACGCGCACCUGCCUCCCUUCCGGCAAGUGGGACGGACAGACGGCCAUCUGCGAUGACGGGGCGGCGCACUGCCGGAACCCCGGCAUCCCCAUCGGCACGAGGAAGACGGGCUGGCAGUACCGCUGGGAAGACACCGUCACCUACAACUGUGCCCGCGGGCUGACCCUGCAGGGCUCCCAGAAGCGCACCUGCAUGCAUGACGGGUCCUGGAGCGGCUCGGAGCCCUCCUGCAGAGGCACCUACAUGUACGACACCCCAGAGGAAGUGUCUUCGGCCUUCAUCUCCUCGUUGACCGAGGCCCUGGAGGAGCGGAUGCGGCCAGCGCCAGAACCUGGGUCCGUGGGGGCCGGGAAACCGGGCAGACCGGGGCUGGAGGGGGAGGGGAUGGGGGAUCAGCAGAAGCGUCGGAUCCUCAUCGACCCCGCGGGCUCCAUGAACAUCUACCUGGUCAUGGACGCCUCCAGCAUCGGAUCCCAUAACUUCACCGGGGCCAAGAGGUGUCUCAACAGCCUCAUCGAGAAGGUGAGGGCUACGGGGUGAAGCCCGCGCUACGGGGUCCUGACCUACGCCACCAACACCCAGAUCGUCGUCAGGACCACCAACGAGAGGAGCAGCGACGCCGACUGGGUCAGCCAGCAGCUGCAGAACAUCAAAUACUCCGAUCACAAGCAGGUUCCCGGCACCAACACGUACAAGGCGCUGAUGGCCGUGUACAACAUGAUGAUCUCCCAGGAGAAGCAGGACCCCAGAGGCUGGAACAUCACCCGCCACGUCAUCCUGCUCAUGACUGAUGGGAACUACAACAUGGGGGGCACUCCCGAGCGGGUGAUCGAUGACAUCAGAGAGUUCCUGAACAUCGGACGCAACCCCAAGAACCCCCGAGAAGACUAUCUGGAUAUCUACGUGUUUGGCAUCGGACCCUGGUUGACCAAGAGAAGAUUAAUGCCCCUUGCGUCCAAGAAGAGUGGGGAGACCCACGUCUUCAAGGUCAAGGACAUAGAAGAUCUGGAGAGGACCUUCUUUCCUGAUGAUCGACGAGAGCCAGACCCUGAACCUCUGCGGUGUGGGCUGGGAGUUCGAUCCCGCCCCGAGGUGUCCCAGACCAAGUCGCCCCCGCCCCAGCGGAAGUACCCGUGGCAGGCCAGCAUCACCAUCACGGAGGGACAUUGGGUUUGGGGGGCUGGAGCUGACCCCCCUCCCCCUCCCCAUGCUGUGACCCUCGCAGCGCCCGCCCGGCUGAAGGAGAACUGCAAGGGGACCGUGGUGUCCCCCUAUUUCAUUCUCACGGCGGCUCACUGCUUCAACGUGGACGACGAAGCCCGCAACAUCAAAGUUUCCGUGGGUGAGGACCGCCGUCCCCCCGCCCCCGGGUUGUAUUUCCACCCCGAGUCUAGAAUCAACAAGAAGAAGGACCAGGGUAUCAGCGAGUUCUACGACUACGACGUGGCCCUAAUCCGGCUCAGCAAGAGGCUGGAUUUCUCCCGCAACGUGCGGCCUGUGUGUCUCCCCUGCACGAGGGAACCACCCGGCGGCCCAGCUCCUGCCCCGUGGGAAACGUCAAGCCAUGUUCAUCACCGACGGCAAGACCGCGGCGGGAAGAAGGUCCAGAAACCGGCAACGAAGUCCUCAUCAGAACGGGAGAAGAGAAGCGGAUGCGAGGAGGACGCGCGUCACGCCCAGGGCUACGAGAACAUCAAGCAGAUCUCUGACGUGGUGACCCACAACUUCCUGUGCACGGGUGGCUCCGACCCCGUCGCCGACCCCAACACCUGCAAGGGUGACUCGGGCGGCCCAUCAUCCACCGGAAGAAGCCGCUUCAUCCAGGUGGGGGUGAUCAGCUGGGGCGUGAUCGACGUGUGCAAGAGAAGGGCAAGCCCUAUCCCCUCCUUCGCCCGGGACUUCCACCUCAACCUCUUCUCCGUGAUACCGUGGUUACGGACGAUCCUCGAGGAGGAAGACCUGGGGUUUCUGUGAGGACGGGGGGCCGCGGGCUCCGGGCUGCCAAGAGGACUGAUUGGGGGUGGGGGGUCGGGGCGGGGAAGGAGAGGACGACUCCCUGGGGAGGGGGAAGGGGCUUCCCUGUCACCGCCCGGCCCUCUGUCGGGAAGCCCCCCCACCCCCACCCCCUCUGCAGCCCAGGUUAUCUGGGGAAAUAAAAGAGUGGGGGAUUUGUGUCAAGA